CGCGGAAACAAGUUAAUAUAUCAGGAAAAGCCAAGACUAAAGACAGCUUUGGAAAUGCUAAGAACUAGCAUGCACCUCGAAGAAAGUUUGCACGAGGUCACUCUACCAUUUUUAGUGUUACAUGGGGAAGCAGACAUAGUAACUGAUCCAGAAGUAAGUAAAGCUUUGUAUGAGCAAGCCAGUAGUAAGGACAAGACCAUAAAACUCUAUCCAGGAAUGUGGCAUGGUUUGACAUAUGGUGAGCCUGAAGACAACAUUGAUAUCGUAUUUUCAGAUAUCAUCUCGUGGCUUGACAAGCGAAAUGGAGAGAAUAAUGAUAAUGCUAUUUUGGUUGAGAAAUCAGUUUGUCGAGCUACGUCUACUCCUUAUGAGAUGAACACAAAACCGUCACCUGCAAUAACAAAUGGACAAAAACCACAGAGAACACGUCCGCAAGCGAAUUAUCUGUGUGGGUGGAAAGGGCGCCGGAUGCAUCAUCACUCUGCAAUGUAGAAGACUUGAUUGAUAGAUAUGGUUGGAUCUCCUUCAUUUGUUCAUUCACGUUAUCGUAACAUAAAUGUUACUGGUUACUACUAUUAUUUAUGAGGGAAAUGGAAAAUAACAGGUUUUCCAGAAAUUGUAAGAUGCAAAAUCUUGAGUCAUUCUUCAUCUCCUAAUGUUUCAACCAACUUGCUCAAUGAAGGUUAUAAUUGCUACUUUUAUUACUUUUCUGUAUCUUCCUUUCCCUUUCGUUUACAAAGAGUUAGCUUUAGCCUAUUGCAAUUUAA